CAUUCAGUUUUGAACGGAGCGCGAGCGAGUAGCAACCAACCUAAGAAAUACGCGGAAAAAGACAAAUCGUCACUUUGCUUGUCUCUCUGUGCGCGUGUGUGUGUGUGAGUGUAUUCAUUUAGGUGUGUUUGUGUGCACAUCUGUAUAGCGCAAUAGAUACAUAUCAGAUUCAUUGCAAGUGAUUCGUUGUUUGUGAAAAAUAAGUAUUUAAAAGAAAUAUUCCCGAAUAUUUUCGGGGAAAAAAGUGCGAAAUUAUUCAAAUUCCCUUCUGAAAGUAUUGUGGGAGCAGCAGAAUUCGAAUUGAAAUCGAUAUUGAAGUGAAUACGCCUCCCAGUGUGAAUCAUAAGGAAAACUACAUGUUUGAAAAAAUUAUGUAUUCGCGAAUUCGGUACCAAAUUUGAGGAAGAAAAGGGCCGCAAGUACCCACCAACAGAUUUGUCUUCGCUGGAGUUACGUGCUGAGCUGAAAUGAUAAAACAGACAAACGAAACGGAGGACACCAACCUACGGAAACUGAAUUAAGAUGCAUUCACGGCAUAGCUCCACUGUAGAAAAAUGACAAAUUAUGAGAAUCUAUUAAAUCUGCCAUUAAAUUUCAAUGGCAACGAAUUAAAUGCCGAUUUAGCCAACCACAGUGCCACACAUGAUGCUGUAAAAAUGUCCCAAAGAGAUUUCUCAGAGAAUGAACCCGAGUGCAAUGCAGAACUGACGGCUGCCAACCGAGCACUGUUCCUGGAAAAAGUACGACAAUCGAAUGCCGCCUGUCAGAGCGGCGACUUCGGAACUGCUGUUCAGCUCUACACAGAUGCAUUGCAGCUCGAUCCGAGCAAUUACAUCUUGUACAGCAAUCGUUCGGCAGCUCGCCUGAAACAAGGACAAUUUGCAUUGGCGCUGCAGGAUGCCACCAAGGCAAGAGAGUUGUGUCCGCAAUGGCCCAAAGCGUACUUUAGACAAGGGGUUGCCCUGCAAUGCCUCGGCAGAUACGCCGAGGCUCUUGCUUCCUUUGCCGCCGGCCUGGGACAAGAUCCGCAGAAUAAACAGUUGCUGGCCGGACUGGUGGAGGCUUCGAUCAAGAGUCCCCUGAGGCAUGCUCUGGAGCCAACAUUCCAGCAACUGCGUUGCAUGAACCUGGAUCAGUCGCCCUUUGUGGUGAUAUCGGUAGUGGGCCAAGAGUUGUUGCAGGCUGGACAAUACCAUUCGGCUGUGACGGUGUUGGAGGCGGCGCUGCGCAUUGGGUCGUGCUCGCUCAAGCUAAGGGGCUCAGUAUUUAGUGCCCUCAGCUCAGCGCACUGGGUCCUCAAUCAACUGGACAAGGCCAUAGCUUAUAUGCAACAGGAUCUGGCGGUGGCCAAGAGCUUGGGAGACACGGCCGGCGAGUGUCGGGCGCACGGCAACUUGGGCUCGGCCUACUUCAGUCAAGGUUCGUUCAAGGAGGCGCUAACGGCCCAUCGCUAUCAACUGGUGCUGGCAAUGAAGUGCAAGGACACACAGGCCGCAGCCGCGGCCCUAACAUCUUUGGGUCAUGUGUACACGGCCACCGGAGACUAUCCGAACGCUCUGGCGAGUCACAAGCAGUGUGUCCAGCUGGUCAAGCAGAUCGGAGAUCGUUUGCAGGAAGCCAGAGAGAUAGGCAAUGUCGGUGCUGUUUUCUUGGCCAUGGGGGACUUUGACUCCGCCGUCGAUUGUCACACUCAGCACUUGAGGCUGGCGCGCAAGUUGGGCAAUCAAGUCGAAGAAGCCAAGGCGUACUCUAAUUUGGGAUCCAGUCACCAUUACCGGCGCAACUUCGCCCAGGCGAUGACUUAUCACGAGCAGGUCUUGCGAAUAGCCCAGCAGUUGGGCGAUAGGAACAUCGAGGCGCGGGCUUAUGCUGGUCUGGGACACGCAGCUAGAUGUGCCGGUGAUGUUGUCCAGGCUAAGAAGUGGCACGAGAAGCAAUUGGAAAUUGCCCUGGCAUCGCGCGACAAGAUCGGAGAGGGAAGAGCCUGCUCCAACCUGGGUAUUGUGUACCAAUUGUUGGGCGAGCAUGACGCAGCACUGAAGUUACACCAGGCCCAUCUCACCAUAGCGAGGCAGAUGCACGAUCGCGCUGGCAUGGGCAGAGCGUAUGGCAACAUAGGGAAUGCCUACUCAUCGGCUGGUCUAUACGAGGCAGCCAUUAAGUACCACAAGCAGGAGUUGAUAAUAAGCAAAGAAGUGAACGACCGCAGUGCCGAAGCGUCCACCCAUGGCAACUUGGCGGUGGCCUACCAAGCCUUGGGCGCCCACGAUAUGGCUCUGAUCCACUAUCGGGCUCACCUCAACAUAGCCAGGGAACUGAAAGACACGCAGGGGGAAGCCUGCGCCCUGUUGAACCUUGGAAAUUGUCUCAGUUCUCGGCAAGAGUUUGGCCAAGCCGUCCCCUACUACGAACAGUACUUGAUGUUGUCUCAGGAAUUGGGAGAUGUGUCGGCCGAAGGCAAAGCCUGUCACUUCUUGGGCUACGUCCAUUACUGCCUCGGCAAUUAUCGAGAGGCGGUCCGCUACUACGAUCAAGACUUGGCCCUGGCCAAAGACUUGCAGGACAAAGUCAACAUGGGCAGGGCCUAUUGCAACUUGGGUCUGGCCCAUUUGGCAUUGGGCAACACUCAAGCGGCACUGGAGUGCCAGAAAUACUUCCUGGCUGUAGCGCACAUGACGAACCACCUGUCGGGCAAGUUUCGGGCUCUCGGCAACAUCGGCGACAUCCUUGUGCGGACAGGGGAAAUGGAGGAGGGGGCAAAAAUGUACCAACGCCAACUGGCCUUGGCCCGCCAUGCGCGUGAACGGUCCAUGGAAGCGGCAGCUUGUGGCGCCUUGGGCCUGGCCCAUAGACUACUUAAGAAAUACGACAAGGCCCUGGGGUACCACACACAGGAGAUAUCGCUGCGCCAACAGAUGUCCGACCUGAAGGGGGAGUGCAAAGCACACGGACAUUUGGCCGCGGUGCACAUGGCCCUCUACAACUACACGCUCGCCGUAAAAUGCUACCAAGAUCAACUGGCACGAGCCCAAGAACUGCAGGACUCAUCCAUGGAGGCCCAAACCUUCGGUAACCUGGGUAUAGCUAAACUGAACAUGGGUCACUACGAGGAUGCAAUCGGCUACUUGGAGCAACAGUUGGGUACCUUGGAACGAGUAAAUCAGCCAACAACGCAGCACGACAGAGCGAGGGCCCUCGGCCAUCUGGGCGACUGCUACGACGCCUUGGGCGACUACGAGGAAGCCAUCAAGUGUCAUGAGCGCCACCUGCAAUUGGCGACAUCGCUACAGAGCCUAAGGGAUCAGGAGAAGGCGUAUCGGGGAAUGGGCCACAGCCAUCGAGCCCUGGGCAACCUGCAAGAAGCAUUGGUGUGCCUGGAGAAGCGUUUGGUCGUGGCACAUGAACUGGGCAGCCCAGCUGAGGUCAAGGCCGUGGCAUAUGGCGACCUCGGCAACAUCCAUUGUGCCUUGGGUAACUACGAACAGGCAAGGAACUGCCUCGAGCAUCAGCAGGAAAUCGCCCGUGAGCUGGGCGACAGGAAAUUGGUUUCGGAUGCGACCAGCGCAUUGGGCAACGUCUAUCAGCGGAUGGGCGACAACGACGGUGCACUGAAUCUACACAAAAUGGACUUGGAAAUGGGAGAGCACUUGGGCAAUGCCUACAUGCAGGCACGGGCAUGUGGCAACUUGGGAGCAGUGUACGAGGCCAUUCGUUCCUACGACGAUGCUGUAAAGUUCUACGAGAAGCAACUGUCACUGGCCUCGGAUCACCUGAGCAAAACCCAUGCAUGCGGAUCACUGGGGAGGGUGUACCAUCAGAUGGGAAAGCACUCGGAAGCUGUUACCUAUUUGAAACAGGGUCUGGCCGUCGCUCAGUCCAUCAAUAAAUCGGAAGAAGAGGCGAAAAUAAGACACCAAUUAGGUCUUGCGUUAAGAGCUUCCGGUGACAAUGAAGGCGCCAGACUUCAAAUGGAGAGUGCUGCUCAACUUCUGGAAUCGGUGCGCUACGACCAGCGUAGCCCGGAGGCGCGCAGCAAUAUUUACGAACUGCAGACGUCCUGCUACCACAUCCUGCAGCAGAUCUUUGUGGCCAUGCAGCGCAACGAAGAGGCAUUGGUGGCCGCCGAACGUUGCAAAGCGCGCUCCGGCCCCGAUGCCAGCAACGUAGCCCGCAAGGCUAUGAUGACGUGCAGCGAGCACAUUUACGACAUCGUCAAUCGCACCAAGAACAACGUCCUAUAUUUCAGCUUGGCCACCGAUGAGCUGUAUGCCUGGUUCUUGCAGCCGCAGAAGGGCAUUGUGCGCUUCCAUGCCGUCAAGAUCAGUGAAGAAUCGCUGAAGAUUUCGUCGGAAAAGCUGGCCGAGCAUGCCAAGGGAGCGGUGGAGAGGGAGAGUCUUCUGGAACGGUACAUCAAUAUGGUACGGGACAACUUGGGAGUGAACUCCGACAGUGUUCUGCAUGAGGGAGACGGAAGCGGAUGGAGGGCCUCGACAGAGAAUCUGCUAGACGAUUUCAGCAGCGAACGUUCGGGAUUCCUUCGCAUGGUGAACCGGAAUCACCUCAUGAACUCCUCAAACUACUCUCUCAGCUCGUUGUUCAGCCUGGGUUCUGUGGGUGGCUCUGUGGCCAGCCUCCAGGGAUCGACGCGCUCAAUCGGAAGCCUUCAAGGCUCGUCACGGUCGCGUCGAACCCCAACGGUAUGGCAAGGCCCGAGCUGCCUGCACACUCUUUUCAAUAUUCUUAUGGCCCCGUUUGACGACUUGUUGCCCACCGGCGGUGCAGUGUCUAGACAGGGACGUAAGGAGCUUAUUUUGGUCCUCGAUAACGAACUCUAUUUGGUUCCUUUUGCCAUUCUGCGCAGUUCCAAAGAGGACGGCGAAUAUCUGUCGGAGAGGUGCUCCCUAAUAACGGUGCCGUCUCUGCAAUCGUUGCGUGUGAAGAGCAAAGCGUUGCGAUCCCGAGAACUAGCUGAAAACCUAAAUGCCGCGUUGGUAGUCGGUGGCCCGCGCAUACCGGCAACCUUGGCCGAAACAUGGGGUUGGUCCGAAUCGCCUGCCUCGUUGCAGGAAGCAGCAAUGGUGGCGGACAUGCUGCAGGCCAAAACUCUAGCUGGCUGUAACGCCACCAAGGAAGCCGUCAUCUCGGAAUUGCCCACGGCGGAGUGCGUUCAUUUUGCGGCCAAUCUGAGCUGGAAGUUGGGUGCCGUAGUCUUGAGUCCUGGCGAUGUCGUAGACUCGCAGUCGCAGAAAAGAUUCUACCAGUCGUCCAACUCAGAGAAUGCCACUGGGCCAGGCAAUGAGCCUCCAGAUCUUUCCGGUGGCAACAUGGAGCUGCCGCAGUUGUCCGAUUUCAUUCUAUCCGCAGCCGAUGUCUUGAACAUUAAGUUGAACGCAAAAUUGGUCGUUUUAAGUUCCUAUCAUUCAAUAGAGCCCAUUAGUGGAUCUGGCGUUGCGAAUUUAGCUGGCAGUUGGUUGUGCGCCGGAGCUGGUGCUGUGCUGAUAUCGCUAUGGCCGGUACCGGAAACGGCUGCCAAAAUUUUACUGAGAGCUUUUUACUCGGCUUUAUUACAGGGAGCCAGAGCCGCAAGAGCCCUCGCCGAAGCUAUGCAAACUGUUCAGCAUACGAAGCACUUUGCUCAUCCCGCCAACUGGGCUGGAUUUCUGUUGGUGGGCGGAAAUGUACGUCUCUCGAACAAGGUGGCCCUAAUGGGCCAUGCCCUGUGUGAGCUGAUGCGCACGCCGGACAAGUGCCGCGAUGCCUUGCGUGUGUGCCUUCAUCUGGUGGAGAAGAGUCUUCAGCGCAUUCAUCGAGGGCAAAAGAACGCAAUGUACACCACGCAAAAGAGCAUUGAAAACAAAGCCGGACACGUAGCCGGAUGGAAGGAUCUCCUAAUGGCAGUGGGAUUCCGCUUUGAGCCCGCCGCCAACGGCAUACCAUCCAGUGUCUUCUUCCCUCAGUCCGACCCCGAGGAUCGCUUGUCACAGUGCUCCGCAAGUCUUCAAGCCCUUUUGGCGCUAACUCCUUUGACGUUACAGGCCCUGGCCAAGCUAGUCAGUAGCUCCGACAUGGCCGACGACAUUAUAGCCGUAAUCCGAAAUGUUUUGGCCCAGUAUCCGCCCAAGGGUAGUCCCGAUUCGGAAACUACGAUCGAAAUUCCUCUGUCGGUAAGACUUUGGCGCGUUGCAGGAUGUCACGAAUUGUUGGCUUCUAUGGGCUUCGAUCUGACGGAAGUCGGCCAAGACCAAGUAACGCUGCGGACCGGAAAACAGGCUAACCGCCGAAUCUGCCAAUUUGUGUUGCAAGCUCUUCUAGCUCUUUUCGACACCCAGGAAGCCCCUAAGAGCCUGGGCCUCGACUCGUCCAGUAGCUGUGAGUCUCUAAUCGACGACGAAGCCAUCACCGACACGGUGGCCUCAGGUACCACGACAAAUCACCCCCAGCUAUUGGUUGCAGAGCCCAGCAAGCAAUCCCAAAAUGUGAGCGUGACACUACCCCCACUGCCUAUUAACAGGUCGCGCCUAAUAAGUACAGGUGGUGGCGCAUUCAUAUCCUAUGUACGCCGACGAGGGGAGCCCGAUGGUGGCAGAACGGACAAUGAGUCGAUACCGACUGCAGCCGCGGCCGUGGCCUGUAGUUCCUCAGCUAUGUACCCAGCACUGGAUUCCAGUUUAAACAACACAACCGACAGUGAACUGUCCGAUGGAUACAUAUCGCAAACCAACAUCGGCAAGACGAACGCCUGCCGUCUGGGGUCGUCAACAUUGAGAGGCCCCGUUCGCGUCUCCAGGCCCGGUGGGGGAGGAGAGAGCGAUGCUGCGUUCACACCUAGCCCUCCAGUCACCACGCAGAACCCCGUCGAUCCAAACGUGUCUAUGGCCCUGGCCCACCAAACCAGAAUACGUAAUCUAUAUUCUGGAACGGGAAUGGGCUACUUAGGUGAUUCGGUCAUACCGGAGAUGACGUCCAAUGCAAACGCAACAAGCCGAAGGCCGGAUAGUUCUAGUUCAGCCAGUUCCACCACCGAUUGGGAGGGAUCCGGUCACGCCACCGUUUUAAGGAGGGGCAACCACAUGCCGCCUCUACCACCGCCUCGUCAAAACAUGCCAUUGGUUGACAGUUUGAGGCCCCUGGCACCAAUGGUCCCUGUAUAUAAUAAUUUAAAUGCCAAUUUGCCAGCCUCCAACACCGUGAGCAACGCAGCCGACUCCAAUAGUAGUGAGUCCGAAUUCGAAAGGAGCCUAAAAGGUGGUCAAAUUCCAAUGUCUCAAUUCCGACUCAAACCAAAAAUCAAACUUGGAAGUGCCCAGAGUUCAGUGGCGUCGAGAGUCAGCAAGGAGCAUGCCCUGUUUAUGGAUCGGCUAAAUGUGAGGGCCGAACCGAACUCGCAAGUAGCGCCAGUCAGCCAGCCAACGACAACGACUGCGAUGGCAUCCGGAAAUAACACGGCCGGCAGUAGGAAGCCCAUCAACCUACCGGAGGACGAUGACAGCGCCCUUGUGUUCAAUGCUUCCAAUCUGUAUUUCUCGCAAUCCGAUAACGACCUGCUGCAGGAGGCGAAGAAGGACCUGAAGCCCAGCGCCCACAGUGGACCUGCAUCAAGCAGCGCAACGCCUCAAGGUGCCAUUGCAAAAGAUGCCAACAGCAAGCCUAGCCAAAAGACAAUUCAGGACUCCAUAAUGCGUCACAUGAACCGAGAAAUGACGCCAACCAUAUCCGAGGUCUAUCACGAGCGCAACUUGGGGCUGGGCUUGGCCCCACCCCUCUCUCAGUUGUUGCUCAGCAAGAACUACGAAGAGACUGAAACCUGCAAGUCCACACCAGCCAACACCAUGGCUCUGAAGAGCCUGUCAGAUGCAGUCAAUGACAUCGAGCUGAGUGGCGCAUCAUCGACCUCCUCCGUUAGCACGACCAACACCAAGACUCUCAACACCCAAAGUUCCAUGGUAGCCACCGCCUCGCAUAGAGAACAAUGCCCGACAUGUGGCGAACCGGCCGAUAUUAUUUGUCGUUGCAAUGCCGCUACGGUCCAAAAGAAAGCCUCUCACAAGCCCUGGCUCAGCAACGUGCCCUCCAGCAUAGUGAAGGCCAGCGACUUAACAACCGCCGACAUCCUGGAGAGACAGAACAAAAUCCGCACCAGUGUCAACAAGGAAACUGCCAAUCCCCCGCCAGUCGCGACAAGCUCCCUGUCGAGCUUGAAACGCGUGCCCAGUCCGUUCACUGAAUUCUGUCGCCGGGACGAGGGCGACGGUCGCUCUGUUGCCGAUUCGCAGUGCAGCAGUAACUAUAAAAAUAUAACGAUAGUAAAAGCCGAGGCCAAUCAGGCCAGCAUCGUGACCAAUCGGAAAGCGUAAAGCAGCACCCCACAAGGAGCUGUGCGCAUUAUUCCAUCGUUGAGUGGACCCGGCCCGGCCAAUGUACAGACCACCAACCGACCCAGAACUGAUUAUAUUUAGUUGUGCUAAUAGUAGUAGUAGUUGUAGUUGUAGCCCCAUAAGUUGUUAGCUAGAACCUACGUUUGUUUACUAAAUAAAACCCAUCGUUUAUCGCGUGA